CCCGCCUGCCGGUCUGUCACCAUAAAAUGGGCUCACCGACCAGAACAACUGGAACAGAAGCGAGGGUGCCCUCAGGGCGUCACACACACAGAACGCAGCAAAGACCACUUCAUCGUCACGACCAACUAAGAGACAGUUGUUUUGGGAGCAGACAGACUAGCAGAUAAGCAACCAGCUCAGAGGUCUUCCCUCCACCCUUCUAUGAUGCGUAUGGCACUUUGCGUCAGCACAACCGCGAAGUUAAGACGCUUGUCGUCGGUAACAUCAGGAUCGCCUGAAAUGCUCUCGCCGCAAGCAUUGUCCAUCGGCUCGAUCCACAUGCCACUGCACACACACACACACACACACACACACAGAGGGCAAAAUAGAGAGAGGGCCACACUACGCAUCGAUGAAUGCGGCGAACGGAUGAAUACCUGCCGGAAUUGCCCUUGUCUGCAACCAACAAGCAGUGGCACAGACACAGAUGCCUCUCUGUUCAUGGUAUCACUCACCGAUGUCUGCCCGGUGUUCGAGGACAGAGAACCCUUUUUCCAGGCCACGACGAUCGGGCAGUUGACCGUUCUCGUCGCACUCAGGGAAGACUAUGUUCUCUGUGGACCCGCCAGGGCGGCCCUGAUUCUGCGGCGGCAUUCUCCACAUCCCACGCUCCACCACAUCAUUCUUAUCUUCCGGAUAGCUGUGUGCACAAAUAGCAAAGAAGAAGCAAUCGCACCAUAAAACGACGCCAUCUGGGUCGGUCGCGUGUUCGGUCACCCGGCGAAGAUCAGUCCCGGGGAUUCGCCACAAAACGUGCCGAUGUCGAAUGACAAGCUGUCUUGAGGCGCGUCCACCAGCCUCACCAUGGCAAAAUCUAUUGGGACUUCUUCUUUGUAGCCCGGAUCCAACUCAAGCCAUGGUCGGUAGAUGCGGGCCUCGUCUGCAUCAACACAUGGCAGCACCUCCUCGCCAUUGAAGCCGGGACAGAACCUGCCGCCCACAAAUUUCGACUGGGGCUCAGCUAGCAGACACACAGAAAGGAAAACAGAAAGGCAGACGUGAACAACAUGGACCGACUGUGUUGUUCGUCUGUGUGUGCUCUGCUCUCUCUUACACUCUCUAUUCCACAAGCAGUGUGCAUUGGUCAGGACGAAUCUGUCGAACACCAGGUUGCCCGUGCAGAAGAAAGGUUGCCCGUCGAGAUCCAGCUCCAACAACCCAACGCCCUUCCACGGCUCCUCCCCGGACUCAUCGAGUGACACGCGGACACGAUCAUCGGGAUCGAAACAGUGCAGCGGCACUCGCCCACCAACUGCACGCCGUCGACGAGCCGGGCACGUUUGCUCUUGCUCGCUCGUUGCUGCAGUGCUGUUGCCCGACACCCUGAAGCGCCUGUCGACACGAUUUGGGUCACUGCUCUUGACACACACACCAGCAGUAGACGUCCCGUUGUGAGGCUCCUCCUCCACUCUGCAGGCCAGAAUGUCUUUCUGAGCUUCACCCGUGCCGUCCAUCAGAUAGACGUCGCCGGUCUUCCCUGAGAACGGCAGACUGCUUAGCAGCGAACCGGGCCAUUCGCCUUCUCCCACCCUCCUGCCGCAUUCCCACACUCCUGGCGAUCUGGUUCAUCCGGCCCAGGUACACAAUUCUGCUUGGCCGCGUGCGGCUGAGGAUCGUAGGCAGCUCGCUCUCGGGCGGUAGAAUCAACUGCCUACACGAGCAAAACGAGAAGCUGUCAGUCGCUACCUUCUCAGUGCGCAUAUGCUCACCUGUUAAGGGCAUCACCAAUGCAGCCUCGUCCGAUGUCGUCCUCAAGCACGUCAGCGUCCUGGCAUAAGGCCAGACAGAGGCUGGCAAAGGACGUGCCGUCCUCGGAACACACAGGGCCGGACAGCAGGUCACGAAGAGCAGCUGACGAGUGCAGAAAAGGUUCCGACUGCCGCAGGCUGAGCUUCGUUCCACAUUCACACAGCCCCUCACGGAAACGCAAGACACCUGCAAGGCAGCCGAAUGCAAGAUCCCCCUCCCUCUGUGUUCUCACCUGUGCUGAAACGAGGACGAGCUUGGGCUGAGGAGAGGCGAGUGAGCACCCAUGCCAUCAACAAUACAGGGAGAUCCAUCAACAUCGCUGAGCUUCGUG